GACUCCUUUGCUUCUCCUUCAUUCAUCUAUGAACUGGCAUAUGAAUCCAAACACGACUCUCUCUCUCUCUCUUCCUCUUUUUCUUCUCUUCUUGAUCGCUCCAAUGCUCUUUAUUUAAGCUCCCACACUUUGCACUACUAAAACAGAAAAAAAGAAAAAUAUCAAAAGAGUUAGGAACCAGAUAUGGCGAGGAAGAGUCAGGAGUUGCAUGUGCUUGGUAACCAAACAAGGCUCAAGAGUUGAGUUUUUGGAUGAAACGUUUUCUCAGAGAAAGAAUCAAAUCCAAAACUGUUUGUUUGUUUGUUUGUGAUCUCUGGCUGAACGCCACAGAUCAAAUGGCAGAGCUGCUUCUAGUCACAUGCUUCUCACUACUUUUUCUCAUCCAACAUCAAAAUUAGACAAAAGAAGUUUGAGGAGGGAAUUCACAAGUCACAAUUCACAAUUCACAAUUCACCUUAGCUUACCCCACACACACUUUCAUAUUUUGUGUGUAAUAAUAACAAACGAGUGCAGAAACAUUCCCAGUACGCUAGAAUUCAGUGUUGGAACAAAGACAAGGACCUUUGCUGGUGCUCGUGGAAAUACCAACCUAACUUGAAUCUGUCAGAGUGCCAUCACUCUCUAUAGCCAUUUUUGGAGUUAAUUUCCCUUGUGGAAUCAUUUUCAUUUCACUUAUGCUGCUGAGGAACAGAUCAAGGGCAGUGACCAAGCCAGGUUUGAUGGCUGAUCAUAGCUCCUCUCAACAACCCCCUAAUCAAACCUAUGCUAAAACCAUACCCUCUUUAUUUGGCUCACCAAAGUUCAGAGAUUUCACCACCAAGUGUCUUUCAGGAACCGAGGCUUUAAGAAGUCCAACUUCAAUUCUUGAUGCCAAAGCAUUAUCCCCUUUUGUUGCCUUUGGAAACCCGUUUUCAACUCUUCCCCACAAAACCUCUCCACCAAACAGAACCUUAUGGGACAAGCCAGAUUCAAAGGGCAUUGGCCUUGGUCUUGUGGGUGCUCUCAAAGAUGAUGAUGACCCAAUUUGUCACAAUUCUGAACCCAACAAAGGAAACGUCCUGCUAAGAGUGAAAAUCCCGUGUGCUGAUGAAGAUUUUGAGAACAAAACCAAGGAUUCAGGAUCGGGAAUUUGUGCAACAAAGGAUUGUUCUUGUGCUUCUCCAAGUGCUGGAGUUGUGUCUUGGGGUGAGAUGGAGCUUUCUGAGGAAUAUACAUGCGUGAUAUCUCAUGGACCUAACCCAAGAACCACACACAUAUUCAAUAAUUGCAUUGUGGUGGAGACAUAUUGUUCUCUCCCUCAAAACCAAAACUCUCACUCUGCUUUUGCCUCGGCAAAUUUCCUCAGCUUCUGUUACACUUGCAAGAAACAUCUUGACCAAACAAAGGACAUCUUUAUUUAUAGAGGAGAGAAAGCUUUCUGUAGCAGGGAAUGCCGCCACCAAGAAAUGGUGUUAGAUGGGAUAGAAAGUUUAUAGUUUGAAAGCAAUGGUUGUUCUUGAAUCUUGACUUCACUUGCGUGCUUUGCAUGCACCGUGGCCGCAAAGUCCUGCAUUUUGAGGAGUACAAUAACCAGAUAAACGCACAAAGUCAAAUCCAAAUUUUCCAUUCAUUAUGAUUUUAUUAUGACCAGGCAUUAGUAGCAGUAGUAAAGUAACUAGUUACUAGUUAGUAUUUCAUUGUAAUCAGUAAGGUCCUUUUACUUUUUUACCUCCCUUUUUAAGAAGUCUUUUGUUUUUGUUUUUUUUUUGCGUCCUCUCCAUUGCAAAUAGAGAUAAGAGAGGGUGUUGUAGAGUUGGUUCCAAGUGAUGACUAAUUUGAUUGUUUCUUCUGGUUUUGCUCCCAUUGUUUUCGGGUGAAGCAGAUGGUAUGUGAUUGAGAACAGUGCCUUUCUUUUUCUUCUUCUCUUGAGUUGAUGAUAAUGAUGGUGCUACCUAUUGUCAUAGAAGGGGACCGGUUAAUUAUUUCUCACAAA